AUGGCCGGGCCGGGGGCCGAGAUCGGGACCCUCCUCGUCCAGGUUCAAGAAGAUCUUCAGCAGUUGAAGGAGAAGCUGCGAGCCAUCAGCCAGGGCUGGGGAGCAGCGGACGUGGGAAGCCUUGAAGCUGCUAUUGAAAGAACGGAGAGUGGGUUGAGGAAACACGCUGAGAAGUAUUUAACCAUUGUAAACACGUCCGUGUUAACUAUUUCGGCAUCUGAAAGCACAGGCCUGUGCUCAAGACAGAUUUCCAAAUGGGGAAUCCCUGUGGAGGCAUCGCAGAAAGACAUCGUUUUCCCCGAGAUGUCGGCCGUUUCCGUUCCGCGUGGCAUCUCCUCCCCACCCGCGUCUCCACGUUCAAAGCACAAGCUGUCGAUGAUGCUGAAGAUCCUGUAUGACCCCCAAAACGCCCAGCAUCGAAAGGUUCUACAUCAGAACUACGGAGUUGGCGUGCCUCUCGUGAGUCGGCGAAAAAUGGCUCCUGUGUCUCCUCGAAAGGUCACCAAGGGCGUCACGGUGGGCAGCCUCUCGGUGGCCCCGCCAUCCUUCCACCUGAACAGUUCCUGCUCGGUGUUGCCUCUGACCAAAAUGGAUGCUCAGAAAGGGAUCCUGAGUCUAAUCGAAAGGGGCCUGAUCCCGCGUGCUGCCAGGAUCACUCUCGAGGAGCCUCUCGUUCUACCCAAGCCCGCUCCUCUCCACGAAUUUCACACCAAGCACAAGAAACGAACGGCAGGUGGAAGUGCGGAGGGCAAGAAGGCGGAGACGCGCCUGGGCCCUCCCCGGAGCCGCACAAGCAAAGGCAGCAAAGGCACCAAGGGCAGCAUCGCCCCGCCCCCCUCCUGCAUCUCCGUGGUGUCCCUCCGGAAACCCAAGCUCAUCCCGGCCAUCCAGACGCGGGAGUCGGCCAUUAACCGGGUCUGCAGGGCAAAGGUCGGGGGAGCUUACGGCGCAGCCCUUUGCCGGUCAGCACCGGCAUUCCGUAAGCCUUCCCCUCCGUUCAUCACGUGCCGGAUUGCACUGUUUGUGCCUCCAAUCCAGAGCCCCGAACGGACCCCAAGGCGGGAGCUGGGGCUGCCCCCCACUGAGUAUGGGGCUCCCUCUGCGGACGGGGGAGCUCCGUGGGUCUUUCAGCUGUCCUAUCGUGAUCUGGUCAUGUUGGCGUUUUUGGGGCACAAGUCGGCAAAUAUCGAUCACCCUGAAUCGACCUCUGCAAAGCUCCUUGAGACGCCGGAAGUGACUACUGCUCAAGCUUUCCAGAAUCUGGCUGUGGAAUUUGAUGUUCUGGUUCGCAAGGGAAACCUAGACCAGGAGGCUGCUGAUCUUGUAGCGUUCAAACAGCACUGCUGCUUAUUCUGGGGGAGCGCCCUCUCUUUCUUAGAACACGUCGCCAAACUUCUGAAAGAUUACGCCGUGCCUUUGGCCGUCAUCAAGGGGAAGAAGGUGAUGGAGCUUCUCCUGGAUUUCGAAUUCCGCCAGAGGCCGACCAGGGAAGAACUUCUCUCCGUGAUCAAGAACCACGUAGCCGUCCGGAAGCUCUUAAACCGACCUGGCCAGAGGUACAAGGGUCAGAAGGGCACCGAAGCGGCCGCCACCAAGAUCCAGGCCACGUGGCGGUGCUACAGACGCAGGAAGGCCUACAUCAAUUUCCGGCGGAGGCAGUGGGCCUCCGGCGUGGUUGCCAUUUCGUGGCUGGUGCGCAUGAACAUGUGCCGGAUCCGGAAGACCCUAUGGGAGUCGCGGCAGAAACACCUGGAGAAUUUCUACGACCGGGCCAAGCAUCUGGCCGCCAACUGGAAUCGCAUCAGGACCUCUAAGCGGACCGUUAUCCAUAUCCCGUCAUUAGGGUACGCUCAGUACAUUCGAGAAGCGACUCCCGAUUUUGCUAUUCAUCAGGGAUCGCAGAUUGGAAGGCUGUGUGAAAUACAAGACCCUAAUGUGGACGUCAUCUACGUUUGCCCCCUUCAACUGAGCGAGGAAUUACUGCAGUAUUACCAUAAACUACUAGGCCUGCAGGCAGCUGUUAGAUCUGGAGACCCCAAGGACAUUGCUGACCUGCAGGACAGGUUCAAAAUCCUCACCCCCGAAGCCAUAAACAGCUUCCCUAGCCGACCUAUGGCUCUGGCCACCUUCCUGAAGUACAGCCCCAAGACUCUCCAAAGGAUCCGCAACCUCAUCCGGGGCAAAGAGGCCUACAUCGUGGGCGGGCUCCUGCGUCAAGAUGACCUAGAAGUGGCCGAUGCGUUGGACCUGCCCAUUUUGGGCCCUGACCCGGAAGUCGCUCUCCUCUACAGCUCCAAGUCGGGGAGCAAAAGGGUCUUUGCCUCCGCCGGUGUGCCGAUGCCUCCCGGUCAACAUGACAUCUACAACAGGCAACAAAUGGUUGAAGUCCUAAGUCAGCUGAUCAUCGACUACCCGGAAGUGAAACGCUGGAUUUUCAAGGUGGAUAACGACUUUGGGGGGAACGGCACCGCCUACUGUGAUGUCACUGCACACCUCAAAUGUUACCCGUGGGUCCAGAAAGAGCACCGGAGGUACAGCUCCGAGGUCUGGCAGAAGAAAUGGGCUCAUGAACCGGCUUUGGCGAAGAUCUCCCAGGAGCUGCCAGGCCUUUUAGCACAGCACGCCCAGGCUGUCAAUGAGAAACGAUUUCCUACAUGGGGAAAAUUCCUCCAAACGUUUGUGAGUCAAGGUGGAGUCAUAGAAGCUUUCCCGCCCUCCGACAGCGUCACCAACCUCACGGUGGAUAUGCUGAUAGAACCGACGGGCGAGAUCACCAUGGUUUCCUUGGGGGACCAGAUCCACGCCGAUGGUCCCUUGCGAUCGUCAGGAACCACCUUCCCACAGGCUUCCGUAGAACCCGGGGUCCUGAACUCCCUGUGCUCGAAGAUCGGGGAGGCCUGCAAAGCCAGAGGAGUGGUUGGGUACUUCUCCAUCGACUUUGCAACAUUCAUCCAUCCCCAAACGAUGGGCCAGCAGGUGUGGGCCGUAGACCUGGAUCUCCACUACAGCGACCACUUGGCCCUGACGCAGGUCUUGCUCUACGUAACGAACGGGAAGCUGGACGGCUGGUCGAGCCGCUUCGAGGUGCAGCUGGUUCCCAGGAAACUGAAAUUCUGGCAAGUCCCGAAGGAACAACCCCAAACUGCUUCCGUGGUCAGUCGCUCCGUUGUCAUGAGCAGUUCAGUGAUGCACACCAGCCUUUCCUUCAUCUACUACAGCGUCUUCCUCCAGAUGUGCAAGGCUCACGGGAUCGGCUAUGACGUCCAGCAGAAAGAAGGCACGGUUUUUAUGAUCUUUGAAGACCAGAAGAGGCACAGGUUUGGAAUGCUAACAAUUGGAGAACAUCUCCAGGGGGCCCUGAUGACCUUUGCUCACCAUCUCUUCAUCAUCUAUCAAGAAUUAUCAGCACCUAAUCUGCAUGCCGAGACCAAUUUUAAGGGAGCGGUCCGAGAUGUCGAAACCAUCUUGGGAGUUGCAGAACACAACAAGCUCCAGUUCGAAGAGGAGGAACAGCAGGCCUCCAAAGCACGGGGCCUCACAAAAUAG